AGUUAGCAGGUUCAAAGACGAGUUUUUUUUUUUUUUAAGGAAUUAUAGAACGCCUUGACGGAGAGGACGUGCCAAAAAAUGGCCGCUGUAACGAGCAGCAAAUGAGCAGAAAUCUUAAUUUCCCCACGGAGAUAAUUUGACUGACUCGAAGGGUAACCUGGCGAGCUCCAUGGGAUACAAUGAGCAGCCAGAAAGCUGUUUAGCUAGCUAGCCGAGGAAAUACUGAUAGCAGCAGGCACGUUCAGUGGCUAGCCCCUGAAACAGGAGUGCUAAUGAAGAAGAGGAUAAUGUCUGUUUAUUUAAUCUCGAGGUUGUUUUGUUCUUACUGGAUGUGUGUGUGAGUUUAGUGCUGUAGUGUCUUGGUGCGGUGUAGAAAUUAAACCCCGUUUAUGAGAAAGUGGCCUAGCUAGCAAUGCUAAAUGAAUACACUGCUGUAGUGACUAGCUCGCUCUGUUUGUGUUUGCUAGCAUUAAUUCAGACCCGGGUAAUUAAAUUAAAUUAAGUUAAUUUGGGUUGUUCUUGGGGUGAAAAGUUGUUAGUCGUGGAGUUCAGUGAGUUUGGAUUAGCUGAGCUGGAGUGAAGUGAUGAAACGGUGGCUAAUGUUGUUCAGGCCUAAACCUGGUGCCUCAAUCCAGUGAGGUGUUCAGCUAAAUAAAAAUAACCAGCUGGAAUGAAUAACGUUUAAUAAGUUUAUCAUCACUGCGUGUUUAAUGUUACAUAUCUUUUACAAAAUGCACCAGGUCCGUUCCUGCUUUAUUCUGGAUGCUGGAGAUCUCAGGAUUAUGAUCUGGAGAAGCAGUGUCUCUAGAACACACUAGUCUUAAACCUCUAUAAAUAUUCCUGCUCUUGUAUUUUCAUAUCUCUGGAAAAAAAAAUGUAAACAAUAUAAGCAAAAUCCUGUCCUUAAAGCUGGCUUAGUUCUGUAUUUAGGUUCAAGAGAUGUCCUCAUCAUUAUAAUUUGUUGAUUUAAUUUCACACACACACACACACACACACACACACACACACAGGCCAGCGAGUUCUCCUUCACUUUUGUAUUUCUUCUAAUUUUUUUUUUUUUUUGAGACAGCUGUAAAGAAACCAAAGUCUUUACAGCUCUAUCUGAGCACCGUGUUGAUGUGGUCAUCUUUCAAAGAACGCUGUCAAAGGUCAAAACAUGUGAGAAGCAUGUGAUCAGGAAUCGGCGCAUCGUUGACCUGACCCUCAGUCAAUGAGAUUUGUCAGGGGAGCCUACUUUGAGAAGUCAGCCGAUGAACGUUGAGCAGUCGUCGCCAAUGGAAAUGUUAAAGCAGAGACUUUAAGGAAGGAGGGAUUUGAGCUACGUGGAGGAGGAGAAGAAGGCAGCGCUGAAAGAUGGGCUCUCAAGCACUACAGAUUUUGCGCCAGGGGGUGUGGGCUUCGCUGACCGGAGGCUGGUAUGUCGACCCCCAUCAGAGCACCUUCUCCAACUGCUUCCACCUCUACCUCUGGAUAUUCCUUCUUGCCUUCCCCUUUCUUCUGUACAUGGCACUGCCACCCACUGUAGUAGUAGCCGGGGCGUACUGCGCCGUGGUGGCCGUCGUCUUCACUGUUAUAAAGGUGGUGAACUUUCGCCUGCAUGCGAUGUUUGACCUUGGAGAGAUUGUGGAGAAAAGGCAGGCCUCGCUGACCACAGACCCUCAGAGAGUGGAGGAAGGUGAUGAAGGCUCCGGAGCUCAUGAUAGCAGCCAACACAGGGGAAGUGGUGUUGGUGUGGAGAUGACGGUGUUCAGAAAGGUGAACUCGACCCCUCCAGUGCGCUGCAGCUCCCAGCAUUCCCUGUUUGGACUGAACCAGGUUUCGGAAUUUUUACCACAACUCGAGGACCCUGGAGGCUCUAAGGACCUCAAAGAGCUGAUGCAAGAGCAGGGUGGUGAUGGUCUGACCUCAACACACCGAGAGGUUCUUCGGCACAACUCUCAGGAUACAAUCAGAGCCAGUGGUGUGGUUCAGUCCUGUCUUGCUGUAGCCAUUGCUGGGGAUUUUCCCAGUCUUAUGGGAGUGGGUGGAGUGAGGUCGGCAGGUUUUGGGAGCCUGCCCCUACCAGACUGUCCCUCCAUUCCCCCCUCACCAUCCAGCCAGGAGGAUGGAGAAGAGAAGGAGCCAGUAGUGGCCUGCAGCAAUGCGCUGGAGCAGCACACACAACGAAGGCCAGAGGAGGCUCCUAUUGGUGGCUAUUCCCCACUUGGCCCUUCGGUGGAGUCUGAAAGCUUGGGCGAUGCCCCUCUCAGCCCUCUCAUCAAGAGCAGCUUGAGCGAAGAACUGAGUGAGAACCUGCUGGGCCUUGGUCUUGACCCGGUGACCUUUGGACCUGGAGCACAGCAACCAUGCAGCCACAGUGGUGUGGCACUGACAGCUGGAUCAACAGACAGUUGCGUGGCCACUGACCGAGAGACUUUGAGCACAGUCAGCAGCUACCGCAGUGAGAAGACUGACUCUACACAGCUUGAAAGCCCGUCUCUGGGCCACCAGCACCAGUCGGUCCCAAUGCCUUCCUCUGCAGUUCUAGUACAGGGUUCUUACCAGCAACCAGAGGACCCUGCAUUCUUGGGAGGCAGUGACACAGAUGAUCUUUCAGAUAGUGAACUGCUACGAUCUCCCUCCAAAGAGCUCCACCCUGGUCAGGGCCUGGAUCGAACUCUGGUGGAGGGUGAGGAUGCACCGGCACAGCUCCCAUCCCUACAAAAUUCAUCCCCUUCUAGCAGCAGUGGCCCCUCAGAGGCCUGCGAUCAGCCCCGGGCUGUACCCAUUCCCCCUGUUCCCCCUCCACGCCAGGCUGGAUCUGUGCCCUCGGGUCUGGUGUGCUCAGAACCGGCCUUGGCCGUCACCUCUGCACCCUACCUGCUGGUUGAGCCACCUUCCCUACAGGUUCAGCAGCAGCAAGUGGUGCGGCCCAAAGACUUGAAACUUCUGCGUGCUGGUGGCAGCAUUGCUCAGCGGCCCGGGCGCAGGAAAGCACCUCGUAAACGCGGUGCUGCCGGCAGCAGCAGUUUUGACUGUGGCUCGUAUCGACGCCGUCAUCAUGGACGCAGCCAACGCAGGGACUAUGUGCCUGUGCGCAGCAGGCUUGGCGCCAAAGCUUACAGUGAAAGCCUGUUCGAGGACUCCACUGAUGAGGACGAUGGCAGUGAUGCCAGCGCUGCUUCCAGCCUGGGCUCACAGCGGCGCUUCAGUUCAGACGACGAGGAUGAGGAUGACUCAAGUUCGUCUACCUCCUGCUAUUCCCCAGAUCCUGGAAUUGCCUCUCAGCCUGUCCCUGUUCCACAACUGCCUAGCCCUAACGAGGGGAAGGAGCCCGCUGCAGUAGGCCCCUCACACACUCGCAGUGCACAGCGCUCAGCCAGCACGGCUAGUGCCAAGACUCAUGCCAGGGUGCUCAGCAUGGAUGGUGCUGGUGGAGGCCACACCAGCACAGGAACUCUAGCUUCCACCAUUUUGCCAUUAGCAGCUGCUUCCACUCCUGCUCCACGGCCCCUUACCAUGUCAAAGUCUGACCUGGAGGCUCGCACUGGACACUCGGAGGUUUUUCCCAGGGCUCACAGGCUCGACUCUCUGGGAGGCUCAUGGGCUGGGAACCAGACUGGAUGGAGGGCGGGAGAACUGCUGGAAGAAGGUGCUGUUGGAGGAGCUUUGGCCUCUGAAGAAGGAAGUAAACGGGACUCUGUAAGCAGCGUCAAGAGGACACAGGCCAUCCGCAGAAGACAUAAUGCAGGCAGUAACCCUACUCCACCUCCAUCCACCAUGGGCUCCCCACCAAGCCUCCAAGAUCUUCAGCGGGCCCGUGCCUCAUCCCAUUCCCGUGCACGAGCCCUCCCUACAGCCUUACAGUUCGCCUCGUCCCUGCUGCUCCCCCGCAGCGGCGUGCAUGAAGCCUCAACGUUUGACGACACCUCUGAGGGAGCUGUGCACUACUUUUACGACGAGAGUGGUAUAAAAAGAUCAUACACGUUUGGACCUGCAGGAGGAGGCUAUGAGGACCCAGUGCAGGAGCGCGAGAGACAGUCCCAGUCCUCCAGCUUUACCUCCACUGAUGUACAGGACGUAGCUCCAGCAUUGUCCAUGCUUCAGCCCAGACCUGUGGUCCUCCAGGGCAUGCAGGUGCGCAGGGUACCCUUGGAGAUGCCCGAGUUUGACUUGGAUCACGAGUCCCUGCAGGAAUCUCAGGAAAACACGCUGAUGAUCGAGGAGAAAGCCAAGCCGAAACAGUACUACAAGUUCUGGGUGUUGCCAGGAAAGUGGCUUAGAGUGCGCUAUGACCGGCUGGCCCUUCUGGCCUUACUGGAUAGGAAUCGGCGGGUUGGCGAGAACGUGUUUGCCGUGGUGUUGGCCAGCCUGGUGGCCUUUCUUGGCUUCUUGCUGCUGCUGCAUGGCUUCUUCAGGGACAUUUGGGUCUUCCAGUUCUGCCUCGUCAUCGCCAGCUGCCAGUACUCCUUACUGAAGAGCGUGCAGCCUGAUGCAGCCUCCCCAAUGCAUGGCCAUAACUGGAUCAUCGUGUAUAGCCGGCCGGUGUAUUUUUGCUUGUGCUGUAUGCUGAUCUGGGUCUUUGACCUUGCCGGCCGUUCCAGCAACCUGCAGCCUUUCUCCCUCUAUGGAGUAACCUUCUUCUCUGCUCACUUCCUGCUGUGUGCCAGAGACAUGCUUAUAGUUUUCACCCUGUGUUUUCCAGUCAUCUUUCUCUUUGGACUUCUACCUCAAGUCAACACCUUUCUCAUGUGUUUACUGGAGCAGGUUGACAUGCACAUGUUUGGUGGAACUGCCACUACAAGCCCCCUGUCCUCACUCUACAGUCUGUUACGCAGUGUGUUAGUAGCAGCUCUGGUUUAUGGCUUUUGCCUUGGUGCUAUCAAUGCCCCAUGGGGUGAGGCUCAUGUUCCAGUGCUAUUCUCUGUAUUCUGUGGCCUCCUCCUUGCCUUAUCGUACCACUUAAGCCGGCAAAGCAGUGAUCCCACCGUCCUGUGGUCUUUGGUCCGUUCCAAAUUUUUCCCAGAGUUGGAAAGCAGGACCCCCGAGGAGUCGCCUCUGGAAAUUAAGGACCCGCUGCCAGAGAAAUUGCGCAACUCUGUGAAGGAAAUUUUACACUCGGACCUGGUCAUGUGUCCCCUCAUGGCCAUUAUCAGCUUUGCCAUCAGUGCCAGUACUGUCUUCAUUGCCCUGCAGCCCGCCCUUAGUUUUGUUCUGUAUAUACUAGCCGGGGUGGUUGGCUUCCUUACUCACUACUUGCUGCCUCAGUUUCGCAAACAGUUGCCUUGGUUCUGCCUGGCCCACCCAGUGCUACGUUCUCGCGAGUACAGCCAGUUUGAGGUUCGGGAUGCAGCUCAGCUCAUGUGGUUUGAGAAGCUCUAUGCCUGGCUCCAGUGUGUAGAGAAGUACUUCAUCUACCCUGCCGUUGUGCUCAACUCCUUGACCACAGAGGCCCACACCAUCAGCCAGAACCCUGACAAGCCUGGCACUUAUGGCCGAGCUCUGUUCAUCUCCAUGGCUGGAAUGAAGCUGCUUCGCUCAUCCUUCUGCACACCCUCUCAACAAUACGUCACCCUCUGCUUCACCGUCCUCUUCUUCCAGUUUGACUAUCCACGCUUCUCGGAAACCUUCCUGCUCGACUACUACUUCAUGUCCAUCCUCUUCAGCAAGCUGUGGGACCUACUGUAUAAACUGCGCUUUGUGCUGACCUACAUCGCUCCGUGGCAAAUUACUUGGGGUUCUGCGUUUCAUGCCUUCGCCCAGCCAUUUGCCGUGCCCCACUCGGCUAUGUUGUUUGUGCAGGCUCUGUUCUCCGCCCUCUUCUCUACUCCCCUCAAUCCUGUUCUGGGCAGCGCUGUGUUCGUCACCUCCUACACCCGCCCUGUCAAGUUCUGGGAGCGGGACUACAACACAAAAAGGGUGGAUCACUCUAAUACACGCCUGGCCACUCAGCUUGAUCGUAACCCUGGUGCUGAUGACAACAACCUAAACUCUAUCUUUUAUGAGCACUUGACUCGCUCGCUGCAGCAUUCUCUGUGUGGAGAUUUGCUCCUGGGCCGCUGGGGCACCUACAGCACAGGGGACUGCUUCAUCCUGGCAUCGGACUACCUCAACGCCCUCGUGCACCUCAUCGAAAUCGGCAAUGGGCUUGUCACCUUCCAGCUCAGAGGCCUGGAGUUCAGAGGUACGUAUUGUCAGCAGCGAGAGGUGGAGGCCAUCACUGAGGGUGUGGAGGAGGAUGAGGGCUGCUGCUGCUGUGAGCCAGGCCAUCUGCCCCACAUGCUGUCCUUCAAUGCGGCUUUUGGUCAGCGCUGGCUCGCCUGGGAGGUUGCUGCUACCAAAUAUGUCCUGGAAGGUUACAGCAUCAGCGACAACAACGCGGCCUCCAUGCUGCAGGUGUUUGACCUGCGCAAAAUUCUGAUCACAUACUACGUUAAGAGUAUCAUUUACUACGUGAGCCGCUCACCCAAACUGGAGGAGUGGCUGUCCAAUGAGACGGUGCAGGAGGCCUUAAGACCCUGUCUCAGUGCUUCCUACGUUGACAGUGACCCCACCUUUAACCUGAAUAUUGAUGAAGAUUACGACCAUCGAGCCUCUGGCAUCACCCCAGCUGCCUUCUGUAUGGUCUAUCUGGACUGGAUCCAGUACUGCAACAGCCGCAGACAGAAGCCUGUGGACAGUGAGAGAGACUCCCCUCUGGUCACACUUUGCUUUGGGCUUUGCAUUUUGGGCCGCAGGGCUCUUGGCACAGCGUCACACAGCAUGUCUGCCAGCCUGGAGCCAUUCCUCUAUGGCCUCCAUGCUCUGUUCAAAGGCGAUUUCCGGAUCACGUCACCAAGGGAUGAGUGGGUGUUUGCAGACAUGGACCUUCUGAACCGAGUGGUGGCACCUGGUGUGCGCAUGUCCCUCAAACUGCACCAGGACCACUUUACCUCUCCGGAUGAGUAUGAGGAUCCAGCUGUGCUGUAUGAUGCCAUCACUGCUAAUGAAGAGAAGAUGCUGAUCUCUCACGAAGGAGACCCGGUUUGGCGCAGUGCCAUCCUGGCUAACAUGCCGUCACUCCUGGCUCUACGUCAUGUCAUGGACGAUGGCAGCGACGAGUACAAGAUCAUCAUGCUGAACAAGCGCUUUCUUAGCUUCCGAGUCAUAAAGGUCAACAGGGAGUGUGUGCGUGGACUCUGGGCUGGGCAGCAGCAGGAGCUGGUCUUCCUGCGGAACCGAAACCCUGAGCGUGGCAGCAUCCAGAAUGCCAAGCAGGCACUGCGCAACAUGAUCAACUCGUCCUGCGAUCAGCCUAUCGGAUACCCCAUCUACGUCUCUCCCCUCACCACGUCAUACGCUGGAGGUCACAGCCAGCUCCGGUCUGUCUGGGGAGGGCCCAUAAGCCCCCACAACAUCUACACCUGGUUCAUCAGCAGCUGGGACAGGCUACAGAAGGGCUGUGGUGCAGGCUGCAACAGUGGCGGGAAUAUUGAAGACUCUGACUGCGGCGGCGGAUCUUCUUCUAUCGGUAACAAUCCUGCGGUGUUUCCUCCCCAGAGCACAGCACCCACCGUGUCUCAGUCGCACCUUACCACUGUGCAGCCAUCCAUGGGAACUGACAAUCCUGUUGGACCGAGCUGGCCUGUCCAUUCUCAGCCUCUUCCCUUGACCCUGCUUAGUCAGUCUGAGGGCCGGAUGGAUGCAGGCUUGGUAAACUCUCUACAACGUACUUCGUCCAUCCAGGGCUUGCUGGGUCAGCACCUGUCCAGCUCGCAGCUGUCCUUCAGUGCAUCUGUGGCCGUGCCACCCGCUGAGCGCUUCUGUCCAGGCAGCCUGCAGGACAGUGCCAUCCACAGAGCCUCUCAGAGGGGCGUCAGCAUGGGGCUUGGUCACGGAAGCGGCCUGCACUAUGACGCUAUCUAUAGCAAGUGGAGUUUGUCCGGCAGGAAAGGCUUUAACGGGCCAACGGCAGUGGAAGGGGACGGAGGCUUGUCUCACUGCAUCCGCACUCAGGCUUUCCAGCCUGUCCCACCUGCCCCACCCCCUGAGGUCAGCCCAACACUGGAUGCAGUGGGUCUGUCUGUGCCCACAGAGACCACACCCCUUACAUCAGAUCCUCCCAGUUUACGGGAGGAGGCUACCGAACUGCCUUUACUUGAGCACCUGCGCUGAGCCUCUACAUAGACUAACCUGCACAAAUAGGCCUCGACCAAGUAAAGCUGGGAUCCGGAGCUGGUCUCCUGUUGAAUCCAUGCUCAUUCCAGCUGAUGAAGAGAGCUGGGAGCUUUCUGUUACUUGAGGUCAAGCUCAGCUCUCAACCUGCUUUAUUUUACGCUUUGUGCUUUUUGCAGUGAUUUUGAUAUUAUUUGAAGCAUUUUUUGCUUAUUUUGUCUGGGAGCACACUCGGAAAAGGUGAUGCACAGCAACAUAGCAUUCAGGUCACACCCCUGGUAGGCCAAGCUGUAAGACAUGUAGUGAAAAUAUGAUCACUAUUUAAAUUUAAAAAUAGUUCUGAUCACUAAUCUGGCUUAAAUGGCUCCGAAGCUGAAAACAGCCAAGUCAGUACAAUUGAAAGAGAUUUUUUUUUUUUUUUCCCAUGUAAUGGUGGGUGUGAGAAGAUUCUUCGAAACUGGAUAUGAAUCCUUUGCUUCAACAUAAAGGGAAGUCUUAUCUGUAGCAGCGAACGUUGGCUGACGACACACUCCCUGGAUCCACCAUCCACAUGGACUGUUGAGCACCAGAAGAGUCAGCAGGGUUUUCAUCUCCACGACGAGUGGAAGAAACAUCUCGAGACACGGAGCUUGAUGUCCGCCCCCAUCCCUCCUCCUACUGUUCCUGUUCCCAGUUCAUCUACAGCACUCUGGAGACGUUAAUUAAAGCAAUUCAGUUAUUAAUGACACACUUAAAUUUCCAGUGUCCACAGAGAGCAGGUCAGCGUUGAAAACCCACUACCGCUGUGUUGUUCGCCAGUUUCAGGGAAAAGAUGUCGGUAUGUGGACAUACUUAAGCUCAGACACUUCCCGUGACUUUUGGUGCUCUUCCCUGCAUAGUUUACAGUCCUCUAAGGAGAGGACAAACUGGAGAACCCUUAAUGUAACCAGGGUUCGAACCUGAAGCAAAAGGAUCAACCAUUCAAAUGUUUUAUCAUCACCAUGAUGAGGGUAUAAUCUUUACUCCUCCAAAUCUUUAUAUCUAGUCCACAAUUUUGCUUGUGACCAUUUUUUCCCCCCCGUCCAAGGCCUACCCUGUCUGCUCAGUGGUCUCUGGACUUGCUGAAGUUGGAGGGAUACAGUGCUGCCUCCCUUGCCUCUUACUGCUGUCGAUCAGCAAGCACCUGCAGUACAGCUUCUUACUGUGAUACUACUGCUACUGCAAUAUCCCCUCUACUACUAAUGGGACUAACCAAACUACUGCUCCUUUUGACCUUUAAUCUCCAGCGUUUUAGUUGGAAGAACUUUGCAAAAACAAAUAAAGAUAUACACGUAUAAAACAAAAAAAAGUACAUAUUUAUUUGAUUGCUGUUUGAAGGUGGAGGGUGUGGUUUAGUGGGUUUUUUUUUUUUUUCUUCCUCCGUUCAUUGUGACUUGCUGAUGCUAACUGGAAAGGUAAUGCUACUCUGAUUUUCAGGACCUCUUGAAAUGUUUUCUUCCACACUCUCGAUCACUCUCAAUUUGCUGUCGUGUUUGCUUUAUAAUUCAAAUGGAAUUAGGCCCAAGAUUGGACAUGACGUCAUCUUUAUGUUGAAUCCAUCCCCACCACAAAACGAGUGUCAUUCUUUCUUUUUCUCUCAUUUUGGCCCUGCUUUAUUCUUAUCCAUUGUUUUGUACAUAUAAGGCUUUACGUUUGCGAUUUGUACAAAUUUACAGUCUGGGAAAUCUACCCAGCCGAUCAAUCACUCGUACCUAGUAGUAGAUCUUCUUAAGCGAAAGCUCUUCAUGUUUCACUACACCUAGGUCGUUGUUAAAUCUACACUUCGGAAGUCAUUGAGCAUUCGCAAAAGACGUCAUGCUAAAUAACUGAAAAGCUAAUUUCAGUAUUUUGCAAUCACACUCCGUGCAACCCUUGAAUAUUUCCGGGAGGUGUAAAGAAACGAUACGAAGAUCCUUACUCUUUAAAUUCUUCUUCGUAUUUCGGUGUUGUGAUCACCAUAGCAAUAUAUGAUGCCUUUUUUUUUAAAUCCUUCAGGGCUAGAAUUUUCUUUUCACACAUGGCAGGACGUACAGUAGAGAUCACAGUAAACGUUAAUGGAACGCUAGGUGUAGUGUGUGCUUGGUGUGCCCUUGUGGUAGCCACCACUUUUUCUUUAUGGUAAUGGAACCAUUUGCUUUAUGUUGCUCUUCUUCUCAGGUCUUAAAUCUUCCCUUGUUUUGCGAUCCAGCUUAGUUCUGUUCUCACAUAUGCUUACCAAGGGUCAGCUAAUGACCCUUUUGUCAUUUUUGACUGUAACUACUUCUAUAGAUCUCAAUUCAUUCUGGUCAAUGGCCUGAACAUUUUUUUUUUCCCCCCACUGUUGGCGCCAUUUCUUCUCCAUCUCUCCUCUUCUUUUUUUUUUUUUUUAAAGUGUAAUCUCUCCAAAGCGACGACAGGGUGUUCCUGUUCUGAUUUGGAGAAAGGCAAGCACAAGUUAUUGGACAGUCCCGGGUGUUGGUAAUAAAAAGGGAUUGAAUGAAUCUGUCGUUUAUAAACUUUUUUUUUUGUAUAUAAAUAUAUAUAUUUAAAAGUAUACAAAUCUAUUUUAUUAUUGGAUUACUGGUUAUUUUUCAAAGACACUAUCGUCAGUCUUAAGGGAGCUGUUCCUAAAGCACUCUCUGACAUUUGACUCGUGCAGUUUUGGGAAGGACAUCAAUUAAUACUGCUUUGCACAUGUAUUGUAAAAUAGUACACCAUCCCACAUUUUUUUUAAUCAUCUUUUAGUUAUGUAUGGGGUAUUUUGUUUUAUUUAAAAUCUGUUAUUCAAUAUUCAAAGUUGUAC